AAGCUGCGUAGCUAAAUUGUUUGGUUUUAGUAACAUUUGAAAACGUAAAAAAAUACAAAGAUGUCUGUGGUUCCCAUUUCGUAUCGUGACUGGUGGGAUGAGCACGACACUCCAUUUCGUUCAUCCCGUUUGCUGGAUCAGCAUUUUGGCACAGGAUUGCGUGCCCAUGACCUUGUCAAACAAACACCAACCUUUCCACUGCAUUCAAGCUACUAUCGCCCAUGGCGAAAUCCCGCCUUGGAAAGGGAGCACUCCACUUCGACCCUGAAAAUCGGCAAGGAUGCGUUCCAAAUCAUCUUAGAUGUGCAGCAGUUUGCCCCGGAAGAGAUCACAGUCAGAACCGCCGAAAAGUACAUCAUCGUUCAAGGAAAGCACGAGGAAAAACGGGACGAACAUGGUUACGUUUCGCGCCAUUUCACCCGUCGCUACGCUUUACCAGAGGGUCACGAUCCCAACGACGUCGUCUCGACGCUCUCGUCUGACGGAGUGCUGACUGUCACGGCACCGAAGAAAGAAGAGUUUCUUCCGAAUCCGGAACGGAACGUUCCCAUUCAGCAGACAGGAGAACUGGCAUCGGAACAUCCAUCGGAAACAGUAAUGGAACGUAUCAAAUAGAUUGAUUGUACUGAAGUUUAUUGAAAAAAAAAAAUCUGGUCACUCUGGUUUUUGUACGGCACUGAAAUUCGUACAUCUGAUAAAAUAUAUUCAAUGCACAAAUUAGGUGUUCUUAGGUGUACGGAUUUCAGCCAACGGCAUUUAAAUACAUAAUUUUGCUUCAUCCAUAGUUUAGCUUUGUUCUAUUUACAUAUAAGG